CGCUGUUACUCGGGAAGCUUCUGUGAGGACUGACCUAAAGGAAGUUGCAGUCCAUGUUAGGAAAUGUUCUCCCUGGGGCGCUGCUGCAGUCAGCUGGACAGCUCAGUUGAUCGCACACGGGAUUUGUGUCCGGGACGGACCAUCAUACUUCCCCACCAUGGCCCAGGCUAAAAUACAGGCCAAAAUGAACGAAGCUACGUGCAGCAAGUUCAGCAGGACGCUGUCCAUGGCAGAUCGCUCCGGACAACUCCUGGAAAGUUUGGAUCAGCUGGAAUUGAGGGUGGAGACUUUACGCGAAGCAGCCUCGGCCAUGGAGCAGGAAAGGGAGUGCAUCCUGGAAAUGAUCCAGUCCAUCCAGAGCAGCCAGGAGCUGCGAAACAUCUGUCCUGGGGAGAGGGAAGAGUUGAGUUUAACUGCAAACCAUCUAAUGGGCCGGACGCUGUCCGUGGAGAUCAGUGUUGGCACAAUCAGAAACCCCCAGCAGGAGGAGGCGCUGCACAAGGCCACAUCUGUUAUCGAUGAAAUAGUGAAAAAGUUGCUGGAUGACAUGGACAGUGGGCGGCAGCAGCUGCGGGCCAUGCACGCGGCCUGUGUGACCGAGGCCCCGCCCGUCCCCAUCGACCAGAAGUUUCAGGCCAUAGUCAUCAGCUGUGCUCUGGAGGACCAGAAGAACAUCAAGCGGAGGCUGGAGACUUUGUUGAGGAAUGUGGAAAAUGCUGAAAAGAACAUCAAGAUUAUGGAUCACCAAAAACUGGCGGGCCCAAAAUCAAACGGCUGUCCUUAAGACCUGUCAAACAAACAUGAAAUUUUAAUCUUUAAUGCCACUAACCUCACCAAGAACUGUUAUCCUCUACUAACUUUAGGAGGGACUCUAUAUUUAGCAGCAAGACCCGUCUCUAUGGAAAAAUUACAAUGAUGCUGACCCUUAGGGUCAAGAAUACGGUAAAGCCAAACAGACAUCAUUCUCCCUGAAGAAAUAUUACAGUGACUUUUGGGCAUAAUCAAGUUUUAACUUCAAAUGUUUGUAAUUUACACCUAUUUACUUAAUAUGGAUUGCUAAUGUAGAUAGUGAGUACACGUGUGUUCACACUUAAGUAAAAUAGAAUAAGAUUCAGUGGCAUAGUGCUGCUCCAUUGGAUGUUUGGUCACACUUUAUUGUUAAAUCCAGUUCUUGACUAACUAAAGAUGAAGUAUCUUUUUCUGAUAGCCUCACCUUUUAAAUCAGACACUUGGUAAUGAUUUUAGAUGUGUAUACACUACCUCCUUGUGUGAAGUUAACACCAAUCACAUUAAGCUGUGGAUUUCAGCUCAUUUUUUGCACAGAACAGUUUUGAUGUCAGAUUAAGUGUCUAAUAAGUGUUAAGGAGAUAAGUCACACAACUGUAUUAAGGAUGAACUAUUGCUGUACGACAUAAACACAGUGGAUGAAGCAAGUACCUUUAUUUUAUUAUAGUUGGUCUAAAUCCGGUUGGUAGCAAAUAUAUAUUUAAAUGAGUCCUAGCCAUAACAAUUGUUUAUUGUAUGAAGUUAUACACAAAAUGGCAAUGUAAACAAGGCAACAUUGACUGUACUGCAUGUAGUUAUUCAGCCAGCUAUAAACAUUAGUAAGUGUGACAACAACAUCUUAAGUCAAGGUUUUUUUUUACUAGCUUUUUCAGGAGUUUUCAACAUCUCUUGGCUUUUGGCCUGUUAACUUGUUCUGACCAACUACAGCUAAGCAAAAGUGUUUAAAUGUAAAGUUUGACUUAAAGGAUUAUGUUGGCAGUGCAAUAUUGUCAUUUGAAAUUACACACUCAAGAAAGCUCAAGAAAAAGGUAGUUUUAUUCAUGUCAAAUCACCAUCAACACCCCCCCCCCAACAUAACAUCACGUGCACAGUUGUGUGGCACACUUAAUGUUGUGAUACAUGUUUUUUACUGUUAAAAACCAAAUUCCAACAAUAAGUAUUGUUUUUGUCCAUCUAAGAGCAUUCAUAUGUUGGUUUGUCUAUUUAAAUGUGUGAAAUUGAUUUGAUACGUUCUGCGUGGGAAAAGUAGAGACAGUUAAGACACAAAGAUAAUUACAACACCUGAGUGACAGCACAUAAGUAUGGUUAGUUUUAACUUGUGGUUCUUUAAGAUUAUAUGCCAUCUUAAUGAUAAAGUGCACUAAAUCCAUUCAGUCAAAAAGCUAACGUAAGCACAAUGUUACAAAUGAGAGAACGCUCGUGAAAUAAUUAUUUACAGAUUUACUGUGCAGCCAACAACAAACAAGAGCCGGGGUUAAAAUGCUAACUGGUGGUCAAUAGGGGAGAAUGUAAACAAGGACAAGGCAUCGUGGCAGUGCAACCAUGGCUGAACAUUCACUGACGUGGAAAAAAGGCUUGCAUGCAUUAGUUAUGCCACACUUCAAACAAGCACUCAACCAAAAAAGAGAACUGAAAUGUGACACGAUCUUAGUACCAAUAGUAUAACCAGAACAUAUUUAAGCACCUUUUCACAGCAGUCCCGUCUGAACAUCUUGAGAAUGAAGUUCAUUUGAAUCUAGGACAAGCUUCUAACAGAUCUGAGAUCAGGUAAAUAACUUUUAGAAAAGA